AUGUUGUCCAAAUCAUUGUUCGCGGCUCUUGCGCUCGUCGCAUCCGCUUCAGCUCAGACUUUCACUGACUGCGAUCCUACCAAGAAGGCUUGCCCUGCCGCGGCUGCUCUGGGUAACCAAAAGAUCUCUUGCGACUACACCAAGGGCGACUGCUCCGACUUCACCAAGACCUACGACUUCAAGUACGAUCUGAGCGCGGACAAGGGAGCCAAGUUCUCCAUCGACACUCUGGGCCAGGCACCUACCAUCGCCAGCAACAAGUGGAUUUUCUUUGGUCGUAUCGAUGUUGUUUGCCAGGCCGCCCCUGGCGUCGGUGUUGUUACCUCGGUUGUCCUCCAGUCCGCGGACUUGGAUGAGAUCGAUUUGGAGUGGGUUGGAGGAGACGACUACCACGUUCAGACCAACUACUUCGGAAAGGGUGAUACCUCCAGCUGGGACCGUGGUGGCAUCCACGAUGUCUACUCCCCAGUGAAGAACUUCCACAAGUACUCCAUCGACUGGACCUCCAAGAAGAUCGACUGGCUUGUCGACGAUGUCGUGAUCCGCACUCUCAAGUACUCUGAUGCCAAGGGAGGAACUCGCUUCCCUCAGACUCCCAGUCAGAUCAAGAUCGGCACAUGGGUUGCUGGCUACGAGGGCAACAACCAGGGUACCAUUGACUGGGCCGGUGGCAUUGCUGACUUCAAGAAGGCCCCCUUCGAUGCCUACUACAAGUCCGUCACUGUGACCGAUUAUGCCGGAGGCGACAGCGCUCCUUCUGAGAGCAUCAAGGAGUACCAGUACACUGACCUGUCUGGCUCGUACCAGAGCAUCAAGGUCGUCAAGGGCGAGUCUAACAGCUCCUCUUCCUCGUCCUCCGCUGCCUCUACCUCCUCCGCUUCAAAGACCUCGUCGUCUGCCGCUUCCACUACCGCCGGCGCUUCGUCCUCCUCCGCUGCCUCUUCCGCCGCUUCCUCUUCCAGCAGCGAGUCCAAGUCUUCAUCCGGCUCAGGAUCACCUUCCUCCACCAAGGGCGGCAACUCCAGCGUUGGACAGGCUACUAGCUCGGCCGCUACCACCCCUGGCAACACCACUCCUCACUCCUCGGCACCCACUACUCCUGGCUCAACCCCUGCUGGAUCUGCCACUCAGUCCGGAUCUGCUACCCAGUCCGGAUCUGCCACCGAGUCCGGCUCUGCCACCAAGUCUGAGGAGCAGCUGACUACGUCGACUGUCUACAGCACCGUCGUCCACACUGUUACCUCGUGCGCCCCUACUGUUACCAACUGCCCGGCCCGCUCGACCGUUCUUGUGACCGAGACUGUCCCCGCCUACACCACCGUCUGCCCUGUCUCUGAGCUGCCCACCAAGUCCGACUCCAACGGCCCCAAGCCUACUGGCGGAAACGGCAACAAGCCCACUGACUCUGCUGGCAACAAGCCUACCGGCACUGGCUCCGGCAACGUCCCUGCCAGCAGCGACGUCCCAACCAGCACUCCCGCCCCCAACUGCGGACCUGGCUCCCCCAACUGCCACGUCCCUGGAGUCACCAUCCCCUGGCCUCCUGCUUCUCCUUCUGCCCCUGCCACGGCCACCGCUACUGGCUCUCCCUCCGGUGCUGUCUCCUCCAACUCUCCCAACCAGCCCAUCUACCCCACCGGUACCCUCAUCACCACCACCGCUGCUCCCUCGCACCCCGCCAACGGCACAAGCAUCAACUCGCCAGUCAUCCCUACCUCCAUCCCCACGGCCGGAGCUGCCCGCUUCGUUGGCGGUGCCGGUGUGGCCGCUGGCUUUGCCGCUCUCGCAGCCAUGCUCCUGUGA